GCGCCCAACUUCAUUACAAAGUUGAUCAAUGCAAUGGGCAUCAUCAUGAUCCUCACAUGAUGAUACCAGCACAUGCCACAGCUGUGACAGCAGUGCUCCAUGUAAAUGUUGCAGAACUUUGUUGAACGCUCAUGAUCAUGGCAUUUGAGAACUUAAUGGCUUCGUAAUAAGCUGCCAGCUUUCCAAUUGAGCUCACAUUUCCUCGAGGAGGUGCACAUGUCAGUUGUCACUGGGCAACACUCUGGCCCAUUAUGGGCGUCUCUAGUACACUUCUUCUUUAUUUCAAAGCCUGUUCUGUUCAUGCAUGCGAUCUGUGCAGUACAGCAGUCGCAUAUUGGCGCAAGCCCUAGCCUUAAGCUGUGCUACCUUCACCCUUGCGUAGGAACUCAAGUGCAGUACGACUGCAGAAUGAAAUUUUUGAGCCCUAUUGAAUGACCCGCUGGCUUGUCAGGAAGGCCUGCCUUUAUGAGGCAACUGUUCAUCGUCCUUGAGCAACCACACCCGGAAUGCGAAUGCCUUUUCGGCAUGCAUCACAACCCCCAAAGAUGCAGAAAUGGAAAACGUUGCGAAAUGCUAGAUUGGGUAUUUGCCUCGAUGGUGGCAGGCAGCAGGGAUGGUGUCGGGUACUUGUCUUGGAAAUGACAGAAGGAUCGCUAGCGACUCGUUCACGACAGUGCCAGCAUCCACAAAGGUGGGAACCUGGCCCCUGGGGUUCAGUCUGAGGAUCUCCUCCGACUUGUGUUCCUCUAAUAGUGCCCGAUACUGCGGGUACAAAAGGGUGCAUUGAUCGUGAAGUCACUCUUUGAAAACUCAACGACCAUGCUCUCGAGUUCCAGACCCUUCUCCUUCAGGGCGAUCAACACCCUCCAUGCGAAUUUGACCCACUUCCCCAGUACAAAGUGCGUUGAGCGGCCAUUGUGCUCCGCAGCUUCCUUAAGAUCUGCAAUUU